AUUCAGCCAUUUGCCCUCCAAAGGACAGAUACAGACACACACACACACACACACACACACACACACACAUACUCAUACACGCAGACAGACACAACAGAGCAGGACACAACAUCACAGAGUUGGAGAUAAUCUGACAGUUUUCAGGUUCAGGAUUCUAUUUCAGGGAUUUUUGAUUUUUGUUUGUGUCACCUGGAGCGACCUCACCAAUCAUGAAUCCUGAAUAUGACUACCUGUUCAAACUUCUUCUGAUUGGUGACUCUGGAGUGGGAAAGUCAUGUCUGCUGCUACGCUUCGCGGAUGACACCUACACUGAAAGCUACAUCUCCACCAUCGGAGUCGACUUCAAGAUCAGGACCAUCGACAUGGAUGGAAAAACAGUGAAGCUGCAGAUUUGGGACACAGCAGGUCAGGAGAGGUUUCGAACUAUCACCUCCAGCUACUACAGAGGAGCUCAUGGCAUCAUCAUCGUCUAUGACGUCACCGAGCAGGAAUCCUUUAACAACGUGAAGCAGUGGCUAGAUGAGAUAGAUCGUUAUGCGUGUGAAAACGUCUCCAGGCUGCUGGUGGGAAACAAGUCUGACCUCGUUAGCAAGAAAGUGGUGGACGCUGCCACUGCUCAGGACCUGGCCUCGUCUCUUAAGGUUCCCUUCCUGGAGACGAGCGCUAAGAGCUCUGAUAAUGUGGAGAGGGCUUUCCUCACCAUGGCCUCCGAGAUCCACAAGCGCCUGGCCAGUGAGGGAGGGGGGAUGCAGGGUGAAUCGACAGAGGCCAGGACCCAGAGCACUAAGAUCAACAGCGCCCCUCUGUGGCUGGGAGGGGAGAAACAGACGCAGGAGGCCAGUAACUGCUGCUGAGCAGGAGAAACACUGUGCUAACCCGUCUACAGCGAUUUGUACACUGUUCAAAAGAGAGGGAUGUCAUUCCAAACACACCCACCUGUCUAGCAAUAAAAUGAAAUAUCACAUUGACAUACAGUAAAUAUUCAGAUCCUUUGAUCAGUACUACUUGAAGCAUCUUUGGCAGUGAUUACAACUUUGAGUCUUCUUGGGUAUGAUGAGACACUUCUGGAUUUGGGGAUUUUCUGCCAUUCUUCUCUAUAGAUCCUCUCAGGCUCUGUCAGAUUGGAUGGGGACUGUCAGUGGACAGACAUUUUCAGGUCACUCCAGAGAUGUCCGACUGGGUUCAAGUCAGGGCUCUGGCGGGGCCACUCAAUGACACUCACAAGCCAUUCCAGUGUGUGAGCUCAGGGUUAUUGUCCUGUUGGGAGGUGAGCUUUAGGCACAGUCUCUGAACCAGGUUUUCUUUACGAUACAGAAUAUCUCUGUACUUUGCACCACUCAGCUUUCCCUCAACCCUGACCAGUCUCCCUGUCCCUGCCGCUGAAAAAAAACCCACAGCAUGAUUCUGCCACCCAUGGUAUUGGUCAGGUGAUGAGUGGUGCCUGGUUUUCUGCAGAUAUGACGUUUAUAAUUGAAACCAUGUUCAAUCUUGGUUUCAUCAAACCAGAGGAUCUUGUCUCUCACAGUCUCUCACAGAGAGUCCUUGAAGAGCUUUUUUUUUUGUAAACUCAAAGUGGCUUUAAUGUGUCUUUCACUGAGGAAAGGCUUCCAUCUGGCCACUCUGACAUGAAGCCCAGAUGGGUGCACUGCAGUGAUGGUUGUCCUUCUGGAAGUUUUCUCCAUCCCCAUCUCCACACAGGAUUUCUGGAGCUCAGUCAGAGCGACUGACAGGUCACCUGUCUUACCAAGGCCCUUCUUCCCUGACUACUCAGUUUGGCAGCCAGCUCUAGGAACAGUCCUGUUUGUUCCAAGCUUCUUCCAUUUAAGAAUGAUAUAGGCCACUGUGCUCCUGGGAACCACCAAUGCAGGAGAAAUGUUUUUUGUAGCCUUCCCCAGAUCUGAGCCUUGACACAGUCCUGUCUCUGAGCUCUGCAGGUAGUUCCUUACCCCUCACGGCCGGGUUUUUGCUCUGAUAUGCAUUUAUCAGCUGUGAGACCUUAUAUACACAGGUGUGUGUCCAAUCAAUUGACUUUAUCACAGGUGGACUCCAGUCAAGGUGUAAAAACAUCUCAAAGAUGAUGAAGAGGAAUAAGAUGCACCUGAGCUAAAUGUGUCUGAAUACUUAUGUCAAUGUGAUAUUUCACUUUUUCCCUGUUAAUACAUUUGCUGUUAUUUCUAAAUUUUUGAUUUAUUUUGUCAUUAAGGGGUAAUGAGUGUAGACUGAUGAAGGAAAAAAUGUAUUAAAUGAUUUUAGCAUAAGGCUGCAACAUCACAAAAACGUGAAUAACUUAGCCAAAUCAAUCACCAGAACAAUUUUACAAAUACAUCGAGGAUAAUUUACUGUAUCACUGCUUUAACUCCUUUAAAAACAUGGAGUUACAAAGUCUUAUGGAAAUAGCAACAUCUUUGCAUAGUGUGAGAAGUUUUCUGCAAAAAAUGUGAUAUUAGCAGUUUGUGCUGCUGUUGUGGAUGAAUGUACAGUGUGAUUAAAAAAUAGUUAUUUACCAUAAUUUCCCUCAGAGGUGAUUUAUAGUAUUUACCAGUUUUUGUUGUGUUUUGUUUGUUGUUUGUUUAUGUCAAUAAAAAAGAUCUCAGGAUUCUUGAUGCUG